GGAGGAAAUGUCUCAGACCAAUUCGUUCCAACCGUGGAAACAAACGCUCCCGGUCGGUUUGCCGUCCAAUCUGGGCUCCGCUAUCUUCGGAGGCACCACAGCUGUCAGUGCAGCAGCAGGCUAUGGAAAAGUACCAGCGUUACCGCCACCACCACAGCAACCCACCCCAUCACCAUCGUCCUCGUCGUCAUCCUCUUCAUCCCUGUCCUCCGUAAGCUCGUCGACACCGGCACCCUGCACUCCAACCGGAGGUCCUCCGAUGCAUACUCCGCUGCUGACCAUCCCUUCGCCCGGGGGUGGUGCUGUAUCGUCAUCCACAUCCUCCACCGGUGGGGGGACUGAUUUUCUCGCUCAAAUGGCCGUUAACAAGUUGAAGCUAGGGAAGCUGAAUGCCAGCUACGAACUAUCGACGGUGGUCGGUGCAGCAUCCCACCCCCCACCAUCACAGGCAGGCGGCGGCGACGAGAUGGAUAUGGACCAGAGUGCGGAGCAUGAUCCGAGCGUUGCUGCCAUGAAGGCGAUGUUGGCUAGUUCCGGUUGUCACAAUCCGGCCGCGCUUGGGGAUCGAGAUCGCGAGCAGCAGAUACAGCAAAUAUUCGAAAAAUCCAUCAGCGACAACACCAAGAAGCAGAUAGUGGAAAUAUUGGAGAAAAUAUCAACACUUCGGCCCCCGGAACGGUUGCUGCUGUAUCUUCGCAUGCCUGGCGGUUAUCCGGAAACAGAUCCUUUGCGUCAGUCACAGAACCCUCUGGGCACGCGGCAAGAGAUUAAUCACACGAUCAACUGGGUCCGAUCGCAUCUAGAGCACGACCCAAAUGUGUCAAUUCCCAAGCAAGAAGUGUACGAUGAUUAUGUAGCGUACUGUGCAAGGAUCAACAUAAAGCCGCUUUCCACCGCAGACUUCGGUAAAGUGAUGAAGCAGGUUUUUCCCGGCAUCCGGCCGAGACGGCUUGGCACGAGAGGACAUUCCAGAUACUGUUAUGCUGCGAUGCGCAAGGCCACGAAACUUCCCAUCCCGAAGCUUCCCGAUCUCAGCAGUGCAGGUGGCUCAAUCGAGAAGCAGUCCAAUGAAGGGCAAAGCUUCAACGAGGAAGAAUCGUGGAAGGUGGUGAAGGCGUGGGCGGAAGCGAUGCUACCAUCCUGCUUCACAACGAUCAACGAGCUGGCCAGCUUCAUCGCGAAGAACAAUCUUAACUCACCGUCCGGCAUUGGCAGUCGGCAGCAGCUGCACAAGAAGAUCCUGCAGCGUGAAUUGAAGGAAAAGCGAAAGCUCUCCGCGGUAGCAUUGAAGAAGCGUCGCAAGAAGCGCAGGAAGACCCUCUCGACCAGCAUUUGUGAUGCACCGGAGUCCCGGAAUACCAGCACACCGGACAAAUCGAAGUCCCAAAUAGGAGCCUUCGGUGGAGUAGAAACACAACAGCAGCAGCAGCAGCAUCAGAGAACCGUAAGUACAAAGCAGCAGCAACAGCAACCAACCACACCGAUCGAUGGUGGGCUAAACGCUUCCUGUAAUGGGUCUGCCCCGUCUGGGACGACGAAUCAGCUGCUUCAGCAUAUGAUCAAACGCGAGCAGCAGGAUUAUCUCGACGAGGACAACAAUAAUACGACCUCUGGUGGUAAGAUGAUGCUUCUGCAGCGUCAGCAACAGCAGCACCAGCAGCAGCAACAACAACAACAGCAUCAAAGUACAAAUCUCAACUGUGAUACUAGUAAUGGUGUCUUGGAGUCGUUGAACAAAGACCUGAUCAUGGCGGUAGCGGCCAGCGGGUUUCUUCCACCGUCAGCAACCGGGAUGCCAUCGGUUAUCGCCCACGGUCCUCACCCACCGCCACACGUGCAGCAGCAACAGUUGAUGCAGCAACGUCUCCUCGAGGGAGGCAUGCGGAGCCCCCAGGACCAACAAUUCCUUCAGAAUGUGUACUGCAAAAAGGUACGCCAGGCGCAACAGCUGAAGGCCGUCCAGCAAGCACAACAGCAGCAGCAGCAGCAGCAACAGCAAGCACAAUUGCAGCUGCAGCAACAGCAGCAGCAACCAUCUACCGGACACGCCCAAUCACCGUUGUUCUUUCCCAACCGGCCCACUAGCGUUCAAAAGCGGCAGCUUGCAAACAGUGUAGCAUUCGCCGGUAGACAGAAGCGACUGAAGCUACUCCAACAGCGUCAGCAACGAUCGCUCGAAGCCCAAAACAACAGUGCGCCCCGGUACGACGAGCAGGGCAAUCUAAUACUCAUCGAAACGCAGGACCCAACAACUCAGGACGAGUUUAUCAUUCCGCGCGAACGGGUCAUCAGUAUUUGCAACAUGGACAAGAACGCGCUCGACGGUUACCUGAACUGUGAGGAAGAGAAUUCGCAGGAUCAAGAUCAGGAGCUGUUGAAGUACUUCCCGGAGGAGGACGGUACCGGUGGCAACACUACGCAGCAACAGCUUGAUGCUUCUUCGGUCGAGAAUGAUGGCGCAACGGGUGGACCAUCGUCCAGCUUCGGCACCGGUAUGUUCGAUGACAACGAAAAGCUGUUCCAGAUACGCAUGAUUCUCGAAAAGAACCAGAGCAACCAGAACAAACAGCAGAUGUUACAGCAUCAGCAACAGCAGCAGCAAAUGCAACAAGCACUAGAGUCCCAUCUGGCCGGGUACGAAUCAGCCGGCACGAUGAACCAAGCUAUGGGAGGACUACAGCCCGGAUCGGCAGCCGCUUCGUUGGCGGCUCUUUCCCAGCGCCAUAACACAACCACCAGCGAUCCUUCGACUGUUGGUGGUGAUCCGUCAUCCACCGCUGUGCUUGCACCUGAUCAGCAUCAAAGACAGCAGCUAAAGCCUCAUGAGGGUGGAUUAUCUUCGCAACCGUAUGGAAUGAAUCAAAUGAACGGUACAACACCAGGCUCCAGUCAAACCCUUUCGCAAGCGUUACAAAGUCCAACGGCACGUCGCAAGAAUUUUAGCUUCGUUCCCAUCUCCGAGCAGCCACGCGGUGGUGGCCCGGGUGCCAAAAAGCUGUCCGGGAAUAGUAACAUCAACCACACUCCCACCGACAGCCCCUUUGUAAGUCCCCGCAGCACACCAAUCCAUCGUAAAGCUCUCAAAGCAUCGAACGGACUAACGCUAAACCUGACCGAGAACAAGUUUAACAAUCACCAAGCAGCGCACGGACAACACCACCAGCAACAGUUACAGCUCACCGGUGUUGGUUCGUACAAUCUUCCGCAACAAGCGCAACAUCAGCAGCAACAGCCACGGUCCUAUCUGAGCGGAUACAUCAAGAACGAACUCCCAGCAUCGGCACCACCCAGUCCUUCCAUGAUGCAACCGUACCGGUUUGGGCCUGUAGCUAUGAAUGGGAUGAACUGUGGCAUCUCACCAAUGCCAUCCACUUUCCAACCCAUCUGCAACCCGCACGGAAGUCUUUCAUCGUCUACCACCGGAGGUGGUGGAGGAGGCAGUCACGGUGGACCAAUAUCGUCGCUCGAGUCACGCUCCAGCAGUGUGCCGCUGAUCCCCAACUACGACGCGUACUGCAAUUCAAACUAUAAUUCCGUCUCGCAAACGCCCGUCCCCUCGGAGUACGAUGAUUUCACCGAAACGAGCAACAUACUCGAUAUGCUGAACGAACAGUCCAGCCAACUCACGGCAGCGGUCAAGAUCGAAGAAUCCGAACUAACCCUACCGGAGCUACUUCCCGAGCAGCUACAGCAACAGCAGGAAGAUGGUGGUGGGUCAUUUUUUACACGCUCAGCCAACUAUAACAUCGUGUCCCGUUCCGUUCCUUCCACUCCACUACCACAUCUGGGUGGUUUUAGAGCGAGCGGAUCGAGUACUGCUUCGGGUACAGGUAACUGCAUCGGUGGUCCAAUGGGUGGUCCAGGUGGACUUGGGAUGGUAACGGCCAGAUCGAUGUUUGAGCUACCAAAAUCUGUCCCAUCAACACCGAUCGCACUGAACGAUGCCAGCUGCCAGGGUGAAUCAAUGUUCCAGUACAGUCCGGAAACUUCGCGCGAUUUUCUCAUCAAUGGGAAUUCUGUCGAUCGUAGCAAAUCUUCCACCGCUUCAUUCUACUCCCCCGUGACUGGUGGUAAUGGGUCCGGAAAUUCUGCAUCCAGCGUUUCCGGUUCACUAGCAAUGACAACUAAAGGAUCAGAUCCUAUCGGUGCCGGUGGUAAUGGAGCACCGGACCUCGGUGCGUCACAUACUACCACCACCGUUCAUUCCACAUCGUCCGCUACGGCUGACCCGAUCGCACCACCAUCGGCCGAUCUGGCCAGCGUACUUUCCGACGGCAUCGAGGGCCUUUCGAAUGAGCUGGACAGCAUGGCAGAAUCGAUGAUCAACUCCGACAUCUUGCGGAAUCUGUAA